AUGACAGGACACACAAGAGAGCUGAACCAUGAGAAUCAGAAAUUCAGUUCCCCAGUUUCCACCACUCAAAGGGAUAUCACCACCCCUAUAACAACUGUUCCCACAAUAAUUCUGUCCAAUCCCACUGCAUCAACUCCAUUUCUCAAUCCAACUUCAACCUCGGACACAUAUUCUCCGACCAUGGAAUCUCCCAAAAGAUCAUCUCCACCGUUGUCAGGGGCAAGUUGGUGCAUUGCUAGUCAAAGUGCAUCACAAACGGCAUUGCAAGUUGCUCUAGACUACGCAUGUGGCCAUGGUGGUACUGAUUGUUCAGCAAUUCAAACUGGUCAGAGAUGUUACAACCCAAACACCAUUCAUAAUCAUGCCUCCUACGCAUUCAAUAGCUACUAUCAGAAGAAUCCCGUUCCAAAUAGCUGUAACUUUGGUGGGACUGCUGUCAUUACUAGCACUGACCCAAGUACAAUGGCAUGUCAGUAUACAUCCACUAGGUAA